AUGCUACGGCAGGCUCGUCCGCACGGAAUUAUCCAUGUUGAACAUUCACGUUGGUCACCAAUAUCUUAUCAUUGUAGGGCGUAUCGUAUAGGGCGCGCCAACACUCAUCCGAAGAUUAGUUCUGGCCGUUCACUGUAUAUUGCUGCAAAGAAUGUCAACCGGCGCAGCUGCGAUAAGGGCACCAUGGCGUCGCCAGUCGUAAGAUUUGACAAGUGGGCUUGCAGGAUGGGGUUUCCCACACGUCAAGAUUCCCGUUACAGGUUACUCGCUACAUGGACUCGAAGCGAGAUGCAGUAG